AAAAACAAAUGUGUCGUGUGCGCUAGGUGAGCAACAUUCACCAUGAAGAUAAACGAGAACACGCUACUGGAGGGACACAAAGUUGUGCUGAUUCCUUACAAUCCAAAGUACCUGCCCAGGUAUCAUGAAUGGAUGAAGUGUCCUGAGCUGCAGCAUCUGACUGCCUCAGAGCCACUGACCCUGGAACAGGAGUACGACAUGCAGGGGAGCUGGAGGGAAGAUGAUGACAAGUGCACAUUCAUCAUCUUGGAUAAGUAGCAAUGGGCAGAUCCCAGUAUAGAAGAGGAACAAUGCAUGGUGGGAGAUGUCAACAUGUUCCUGACAGACUAAACAGACCUCUCUUUGGCUGAGCUGGAGAUCAUGAUAGCAGAGCCCAGUCACAGAGGCACGGGCAUAGGGAAGGAAAUGACACACAUGAUGAUGCACUACGUCUUGUCCUGUGGUCAUCAUUAGUUGGAGAAUCAACCUGUGGUGGAGCAGGAAAAAUAAUAAAUGCAAAAUCGCCAUGAGAAUGCAGACAGCAGUGGAUGAAGCUGACGCAGGUGUAUGGUUUGUUGUAAGAUAACUUGCAGAAUAAACAACGUUUAAACAGUAUUUUUUGUGUGUUUGUCAGGAAAAGUAAACAACUCCUAACAUUCAGUACUAUCCUAUGUUGACUAAAAGUAACAAAGGAUACAUCGCUCUGUUCUGAUUCUUUAGAUAUAAACUACAUUUGACAACAUAUGAUAAGCUGCGGUGCUAGACUUGCCAAAGGAGCUGAAAACUGUUAAUUCUUACAUGUAUCUCUGUACAGUAUUUAUUUGAAACCUCUCUUUAUUCAUACUAAAUGUUAGUGGUUUUAGAUUUUAUUUAAAAAAAAUAAAUGGGAGGAAUAAGCCACAGUUUUGCCUAAAAGCUUAAAACAUGUCUUGUAACUUUUCUUUUUCCUGUUUCUUCUCCUCAUCACACAGUAAAGCUGCCUUUUAGUGGUGGUACACAGCAUUACACCAAUCUUAACAAGUGUGACCCAUUACUGUCAACCAUUCAAAUGAAUGGAAAUUUAGUGGUACAAAUAGCAAUGUAUAUACAAUUUUUGUGAGCAUGUGUAGGAAAGAUUUGUACGUAAAAAAUGUUUUUGAGUGUGUGAA